GGAAAAAAGAAAGCGGAAGAGUUUGGGCUCGUGGUUUGCUUGGCAGCCAUUUUGUGCUGUGUUGUUUAAGGUGGUCCGUUAUCAGGAAUAAGUUUCACGGAAAAUUGACUACAGCCGAGUAUCCAGGUGCUGUGUAGAGUGUAAAGAAGAGGAGUGCCGUGUCAUCCAUUGUGUGGACAGUUAAUAGAUGUGUUGAGUGCGUAUGAACAAAGCAAAGGACAUCAUAACUGUGAGGAUACCAAAUCCAAGCAUGAAACGAAGUAGUGAUAGAGAUACUCCGCCACGGAGCAAACGAUCUCGAUCUAGCAUGGGGCGCUACGACGAUAGUUCUGAUGAACGAGUGACUCCCGAGCGCAUUCGAAGGCGUAGUAGCAGAGGCCGUUCCCCAAGUCCGCGUAGGUACGUGUCUCCUCACCGCGAAGAGUACGUGAGGGCGACAGAAAGAGCCUAUCCAUACAAGGUUCUGUGUGUUAGUGCUCUGCACCCGAAGGCUAGUGACGAAGUUAUCAAAGACACUCUGUAUAGGGAGUACAAAAAAUACGGAGACCUAACCAUUAGAAUAUCCCAUGAUGUCGAUGAACGACUAGCGUAUGUUUGUUUCCGAAGUUCGGAAGACGCCAGAGAUGCAAAACAUGCCAAGCCCCGUAUUAUAAUCUACGAUAAGGUGGCUUUAGUGGAAGCUGUGUAUGAAGUGCCACGUGCCGCAGAUCCUUACCGAAGUAGGCCUCGCUCACUCACGCCAGAGUAUGAUCGGUACCACUAUGCGCGCUCGCCUGAACGGCGAAUUCCGCUCGAAAGAUACGACAGGGGGUAUGGACCACCGCCCGGAACAGCCUUACACAGGGACUAUAGAAGAGACGUUUUGCCGGUGCCCCAUGAUUAUAUUGGCAGGCCUCCACUUCACCAUGGGCCUCCGCAUAUGGCUGCUGCCCACGGUUACGGUCCUCCGAGGCAGCAUUCGCAGCGCCCACAAUUUGAUAAAAGCGAUAGCAAGAAAGAUAAAUUCCCCAAUUACCUUCAUCAUAUCCAGCCUGAGGAUGAUCCUCUAGCAACACGCACUUUAUUUGCCGGCAAUCUGGAGAUAAACAUCACGGAGGAAGAAUUGAGGAGAAUUUUUGGCAGGUAUGGUGUGGUGGAGGACAUCGACAUUAAAAGACCACCUCCAGGCACUGGAAACGCAUUUGCUUUUGUGCGUUUUCACACCUUAGAUAUGGCCCACAGGGCGAAAGUGGAACUAUCUGGACAAUAUAUCGGUAAAUUUCAAUGCAAAAUUGGCUACGGUAAAGCCACUCCAACUACCCGAAUAUGGGUGGGUGGUCUAGGAGUGUGGACAUCCAUCCCACAGCUGGAGAGAGAGUUCGACAGAUUCGGAGCAAUCAAGAAAAUCGAGUAUGUUAAAGGAGAUAAUCAAGCGUAUAUUCUGUACGACAGCAUCGAUGCAGCCCAGGCUGCAGUGAAGGAAAUGCGCGGAUUUCCUCUCGGUGGCCCGGACAGAAGAUUAAGGAUUGACUUUGCGGAUGUUACACCGGGCGUCCCAUACAAGGCCAAGUCCUCCUAUCCCCAUGAUUUGCCUCCGGACGACUACAGAAGAGUCGAAUAUGGAGACUACGAUUACGAGAGAGGUUACGGAUAUAGGGACAGGCCGUUGCCUUAUCCGGAAAGGAGAGGUGCUCGCUACCCGGAGGGCGAGGUGGAUGAAUGGGGCCGUACGAGAGAUCCAGAGUACAGGCGUUCAGGCUCUGGGGCGGGAAGGUCCAGGUCCAGGUCUCCUAGAAGAUCUCCAGACUCUGAUUCCGACAGUGGCUCCCGCAGAGCAGGAUUGCUCGCCUCUAGUAGAACGUUGCCGGAAGUUGCAAGAAAAUGCACUACUAUUUGGCAAGGAGCUCUGAUACUAAAGAACUCUCUGUUUCCUGCAAAGUUUCAUCUAAUGGAAGGCGAUACUGAUAUUGUCGAUAGCUUAAUGAAAGACGAAGAAGGUAAGCACCAAUUGAGAAUCACGCAGCGACUGAGACUGGACCAACCGAAACUAGAGGAUGUGCAAAAGAGGAUUCAGAGUGCUACUUCCCAUGCUAUUUUCUUGGGACUGGCGGGUUCCACGGCCUCCGUGACAAAUGAGGACAGUUCGGUGCAAACAAGGCCGCUGAGGAACUUAGUUUCGUAUCUUAAGCAAAAAGAAGCAGCUGGGGUUAUCUCAUUAUUGAACAAAGAGACUGAGGCCACAGGAGUUUUGUAUUCGUUUCCUCCAUGUCCCUUUUCUACCGAAUUGUUAAAACGCUCUUGUCCCAACUUGUCCGAUGAAGCCAUCAAGGAAGAUCAUCUAAUUAUUGUAGUGGUACGUGGUGGUACAGCCUAAUUUUUUAUUCACUGUUUUUUAUUAUUUCAACACAUUUCUUUAUAUGUGUAGGGUUCAGUUACAUACCUUGCUUUCAUGGAAGUAGACAAUGCAACGUCAGCUGUGGUGUGGAUUGUUUUACAUUUCGAGGUAGCUUUGCUGCCUAAUCAAAAUGCAAUUAAUCAGCUUGUUGCCGAUCAAUCGAUUUUUCAAUCCUAAUGUCUAUUUCGAUAAAGCAAUUAAUUUUUGUUGAACAGUUUAUUGAAAGUACAGACCGCCAGCCAAGUUAAAUGUUGCAUUUGUCUUCUUCUGCUUUCGGCUACUCACCAAUUUUUUUAGUUACUGUGACUGCUUUAUUAGAAUUUCGCUUUAUUUAUUCUUGUUAGCCAUGGGCUCUUUAUACUCGUAAUCGCUUAUUUCUUUUUUUUAUUGCAUUGUCUAAAAAUCAAUACUUUAAGUUAUGGAAUAUUAGAACUUAUUUUUCGUCAAGGCCUAUGGCGUACCUCAAUUUGUUUGAAGCCACUUGAGUAAUUGUUUUUAGGCCCAUCCCUUAUGAGAUUUUGGGUCAAGUAUUUUUGUAAGCGACUUUAUUAUAACUCUUAUUUGAUUUCAGGAAAUUGGAGAUCAGCGGUAAAUUUGUUGUUAGCCAUUUUGUGUAACAUUCAUAGUGUGUUGUAAAAAGAUUGGACAAGCAGACAUUGUAAAGCGCGGUGAUGUGAAAAUGCAAAGUGGCUUGCAGUUCUUUCUCAUUGGUUUUGUAUUAUUUUGAAUCGAGUAGUGAAACAAACUCGUUGGAACUCAUAUACUUUUUAUUUCCGUUUUUUCUUUGCAAGGAAUGUGAAAGAACUGUUCUUUAGUUAGUGUACUGGUGUAUUAAAAAUUAGACUUCCUGUACGUGCAAACUAAACUGACACGCAGUCGUGUGAUCAUAGUGCUAAGUUUGAUCCUGUGCUAAGUUUGGUCAUGUACUUGUUUAUUCUGGUGUUAGUUUCUUAGCCCAUUAUGCUAAAAUUAUGUAGUGAUGUGCAAAUACAAAAAGUUCCAUGAAA